AAAAAAGAAGAAAUUUUCUUUCUCCAGUUGAAUCAAUGGAGGUUUACAACGUAUUGGUAAAGCUCUUAGAUGGCAAAACAGCAACCUUAAAAUUCACAACCCCAACGAUAUCAGGUGAAACAAUAAAAACCCAUCUUCAGAAAAUAACCAAUAUCCCCCACAAUCAACAGAGAUUGGUCACAGGUACUAAACAAAUUCAUGAUGAAACCCUAAUCAAAAUACCUGAUAAAGAUGGCAGUACCUUUUUCACAAUCAAUCUACUUGGUCGCCUUCUUGGUGGUAAAGGAGGGUUUGGUUCACUGUUACGUGGUGCAGGAACAAAAGCUGGGCAGAAGAAAACUGAUAAUUUUGAUGCUUGUAGAGAUAUGAGUGGAAGAAGAUUAAGGCAUGUUAAUGCCGAGAAGAAGUUAGAGGAAUGGAAAGCUGAAGAAGAAGAGAGGAAAUUGGAGAAAGUUGCUGAGGAUUUUUUGAAAAAGAAAGGGAAAGAGUUGAAGAAAACUGGGAAUAAAGGAGAUGACAAAUAUAUUGAGAAGUAUAGACAGGAUUCGGAGAAAUGUAUGGAAGGUGUUGAAAAUGCUGUCAGGGAUGCGUUUAAAAAUUUAGGAGAGGCUAAAAGGAAGAGCAUUCCCACUACUGGGAAUUCAGAAAAGCGUUUGAAGUUAUGGUCGGUGGAAGAAGAUGAGGAAGACUCAGAUAGCAGUGAUGACGAAGGUGAUGAAAAAUCUGAGGUUCUUGAUGAUGGAAGUCAUGAAGGUAAGUUAAAUGAUGGUGAAGGUAGUUCCGGUUCUGGUUCAGUGGAGAAUUCUGGCGGUGAAUUAUCUUCUCCUGGAGGUUCCACAGAGAAUAACAGGGGAUGUUUUGAAGUGGGGCAAGGAUCUGGAAACAGUGAUGAAAUUGAUGGGCUUAUGGGUCCAGAGUUAGGAGGCCGCGAGGAUAUUGAUCCUGAAGCUGAGAUUGUUCAUGUCGAAGGAAAUGUGUCUGUUGGAACUGAAUCUGAAAGUGAUAUUCAGACAGUUGAUCAGAGUGCCAACGUUUCGAACUUGGAGAUUAGGAAUGAGUCAGCAGGAAACUCUGUUGUUGCUGAAGUGAACGGUUCUGUUGAGGAAGCAGCCGUUGCGAGUGAGAAGAACUCUGAUUUGGAAAAGCCAUUGAAUUUCGAUGACUUUAACUGUGCUGCAGACAUGGAGGUUCUUGGUAUGGAGAGGUUAAAAGCAGAAUUACAAGCACAUGGACUGAAAUGUGGGGGUGCCUUACAAGAACGCGCUUCUAGGCUUUUCCUACUCAAGACCACACCCGUAGAUAAACUGCCUAAGAAGCUGUUGGCAAAGAAAUAGAUUUACUAAUUCACUGUUCUGUUUCUUCCUUCAUGAUGUAAAGAUAAUCGGGCAUGCCCUACAUAGGCCGUCAGUGUAUUAUGUUUCUUUCUUCAUGAGUCCAUGAUAUGGAACCGGAACAAUGUGUUAUUGCUCAGCUUAUUUGUAGUAACUAUUUGGUGUAUUAGAACGCUGGCCGGAAUGUCCUCUUUAUGGAAAAUAUUUUUCGAAUUGCAGUAA